UCUCGGAGCAACUCCCAACCCAAAAGAUGGAGUUAAGUGCAGCGUCUUAUACUUAUAUUGUCAGCGUGCUAAUGACAGUGAUAGUGAUCUUACUCACAUGGAGAAUUUUGGAUUCGUUGUGGUUCAAACCAAAGAAGAUCGAGAAAUUUCUAAGAGCCCAAGGCCUGAAAGGCAACUCCUACAGAUUUAUGUUCGGAGACUCGAAAGAGAUAGCACAAAUGACACGCGAAGCCAAAUCUAAACCCAUCCAUCUCAAAGAUGAUAUCGCGCCUCGGGUUUUGCCCUUUGUUCAUAAAUCAGUUGCUGAUUAUGGUAAGAUUUGUUUUACAUGGAUGGGACCCAGACCUAUGGUGCAAGUGACCGAACCCGCCAUGAUAAAAGAGAUAUUAGCUGAUUAUUAUAAAUUUCAGAAGUCGAGAGGAAAUCCAUUAUUUAGGAAGCUAAUGAAAGGGCUAGUAGAUGUUGAAGGUGAUCAAUGGGUCAAACACAGAAAAAUUAUCAAUCCUGCAUUCAACAUGGAGAAGCUCAAGCAAAUGAUACCUGCCUUCUAUACGAGUUGCGAUGAAAUGAUAAACAAAUGGAAAAACUUGCUUAUAAAAGAAAGCUCAUGCGAAGUUGAUGUCUGCCCUUAUAUCGAAACAAUGUCCAAUGAUGUAAUUUCACGUACAGCUUUUGGUAGUAGUUUUGAAGAAGGAAGAAAAAUAUUUGAACUUCUACACGAAAUGCUAGUGUUGAUUGUAAAGUCUAUACAGUCUGAUAUCUUUCCAGGAUCAAGGUUUUUGCCAACAAAACGCAACAAAAGGAUAAAAGAGAUUGACCAAAAAGUCAAAGAUUCGAUAAAGGGUAUUGUUAAUAAACGACUUGUUGCAAUGAAAGCAGGAGAAAAUAGUAACGAUGACCUUUUGGGAAUUCUUUUGAGAUCCAAUUAUGAAGAAAUUAAACAAGAUGGAAAUAAAAACUCCGGGCUAAGUAUCGAAGAAAUUAUCGAGGAAUGCAAGCUCUUUUAUGUUGCUGGACAAGAAACCACAAGAAAUUUGCUGAUUUGGACUAUGGUUUUAUUGGGUCAACACAUGAAUUGGCAAACUCGUGCUAGAGAUGAAGUUUUACAUCUUUUUAGGGACAAAAAACCGGAUUUUGAGCGGUUAAGUCAUCUAAAAGUGGUUAACAUGAUUUUCAAUGAAGUUUUAAGGCUAUAUCCAUCCGUGGCCUUUUUAGGACGCAUAAUACAUAAAGAAACCAAAUUAAGAGACUUAAUGUUGCCAGCUGGAACUCUUCUUCAAAUAAAUGUAUUGCUUUUACACUAUGAUCAUGAAAUAUGGGGUGAUGAUGUGAAGGAAUUCAAUCCUGAGAGAUUUUCUGAAGGGGUGUCAAAGGUGACAAAGGGACAAACAUGUUAUCUCCCAUUUGGAGGAGGAAUUUUCAGUUGUACCAUUUAUACUUUUUUUUUUCCUUCUAAUGAUGAUGGCGUCGACUCUAAAUCCCGACUUGAAACUCCUCGAUUUGUUUUGUUUUGCCAUUUUCGGGGAGUUUACGUCCCUCCAUGCUUCGCAAAUCGGAGCGGAAUUGAAACCACUGUCGCACUGACGCCCAACAACGCUGAUUCACGGCCUUUGGCAGUUCCUCCGACACUCCCAUCCAUUCCAUCCAUCGCUUCACUGAAAAUCACAUUUCUUGAAUACAUACAGGUAUGUAUAAUAAGGGUGGAAACAAAUGGCAAAAGCGAUUGACUAAAUUCCGGAGCAUUCAGUUGCCCUUAUUGAUUGCUGUUAUGGCUCUAAUGUUCGUAAUAGCUAUUCUCGGAAUCGAUAAAAAGAAACCCACUUCUCAAUCGACGGUAACAAAUCAAAAAAUGAGUAAUUUAGAUGGAUCCAGGGUUCAAUUUGAUCCAACUGUAGAAUUCUUGAAUAAUACCGAAGUGAUUUGGCAAAUACCCGAUUCCCCAAAAUCGGUUCUGUUUUUGGCUCAUGGGUGUAACGGUAGGGCUUCUAAUUUUUGGGAUAAAUCUCCAAACUGUAAUCAUUGUGUUGGUUUGCCAGAGGAAAGGCUUAUUGUUCUUGAAGCUCUUGCUCGAAAGUUUGCUGUUCUUACAGUUUCAAGUAAAGGCAAAUGCUGGUCAUUAAUGAAGGAACCAUUAGUUGUUAUAAGAAUCAUCAAAUGGUGGGUUGAAAAACAAAAUCUUGAAAACUUGCCUCUUGUAGCUUUAGGGGCAUCAUCAGGUGGCUAUUUUGUUUCAAUGCUAGCAAACAAGAUGAAGUUUAGUAGUAUUGCACUUAUGAUUGCAGAAGGGGUAUAUGAUCGAAUUGAUAUUACAAACCACUACCCACCUACCAUUUUUGUCCACAUGCCUAAAGAUAAUGCUAGGAAGAAGAUGAUUGAUGUAAAUCUUGAAGUUUUAAGGAGGGAAGGGGUAGAUGUUGCUGAAAUUGAGUGUAUGGAGUUGCCAUUAACGUCAUCUUUUCUUGCUGAUAGAGUCCCUGGGCUAGACUUAAAGAUUUCUGUAGAGCUGUUUGAUCUGUUUAAGGAGAAGGGAUUUGUUAAUAAAGAUGGUUACUUGAUAAAUGAUGGGCGAGUGAUACCUUGGAAAGAAGCCAUGAGUAAGAGGAAGAUUCGUUUGCCUAAUGAGCUUUUGAUGAAUUACAUUCAGGAGGAAUUGAAUCUUGCAUUUGCAUAUCAUGAAAUGACUAGCUUGCAGUCUGAGCAAAUCUUUGAUUGGUUUGAAGCUCAUUUGAGAUGAUCAUUAUCUAACCUUUGAGGGAAGAUUGUUGUAUGUGAAACCUUGACAAGUUGUGAAAUUCUAAUCACAUUUCAUGUUAUGCCACUUUUCACGUUUUCUCAUCUGUGUGUACUUUAUUUAACAUUUAGGUCCAUUUGGUAGUAGUAUAUCUACAUAAACCGACUCACUAACGACUAUUGGUUGAACCAAUUAAAAUGGACAUGUGUAAGGUUCCAUUGUACGCCAUUUGUUCAUCUACUGUAAUCUGUGUCAUUAAGUGUGUAGAUAUGGUGAUUAUCGUGGUUUAUUCAUCUUUUAUAUAUAUGAUUAAGGUCGUG